AUGGACACAGGACACCACGAGUUCUUCAAGUACCAUUUAUGCAGUCAUUUCCUGGAAGUGAAUGGUGCCUCAUUUGUGUUUGAUGCGAUCAGUGUCCCAAAGCGCAUUAUCAGAAACGCUAGUAAAACCCCAAAGAUCGAUGAGCUUCAAACUCAGCCCCUUGGAAUAAUUGUGAACAGGCUGUUUGCAGUCCUGAAGGAGCUUGAAGAGGAUUUAGAAAUUAUUCAUUUCAAAGUCUCUAUACAGAAUAGAGCCAAAAGUAAUAACCUCUCCCCCAAAAUAUGGGAUUCAAUAAGUUACAUGAGAUAUGCAACACUUUACUAUCAAAUAGGCUUUAUGUUCGAUGAUUUUGCCCAACUAAAACAGAAGAAUCAUAUAUUAUUUGACCUAAAUGACAACACAGGGAGCAUGGAGGCAUUGGUGCUUGGAAAACAGAACAGUCAAUGUGAGGAAGGGGAUAUACUUUGACUUACAUUCUUCAGGCUGUCGAAAACUGGAGAAAAAGUAUAGUUGAAAUAUGGGGCUCACAGUUUCAUUAAGGUUAUUAAGCCCAAAAAUUGA